ACCCUGAAGCCUUAACAAACACAAUAUGGUUAAAUAACUGUCUCCAUUUUGGAAUGAGAAGUAGACAAGAGCAUACAGAUAUGUUAUUUGGUGAUGUAACCAUGAAAGCAACAUCUGAAGGAAAGCACUAUCUUGAAUAUUCCGAAAGAAUGACAAAAACAAGACAAGGGGAGUCUGGAAAUACAAGGUCGUUUGCACCUAAAAUGUUUGAAAACCCAGGUGACCCAAGAUGUCCUGUAAAUGCAUUUAAAGAGUUCAUGAAAAGACGGCCUGUUGAUACUUUGACACCAGACAGUAGGAUGUAUCUGUCAACACUUCACAAUAUUACCCCUGACAGCACUCUCCCAUCUAUUAGAGCAUUGUGGUUCAGUAAACAACCACUGGGAAAAAACAAGCUUGGUAACUUGUCAAAAACUAUGUCUCUUAAAGCUGGUCUCACAGGCCGUAAAGUUAACCACAGUGCCAGAAAAACAACAGUUACUUCAUUAUUACAUUCUAACGUUGAAGCUACCCAGAUAAUGCAGUUGACUGGACACCGUAAUGUUCAAUCUAUAAACCAAUAUAGCUCUGCUUCUCUAGAGCAGCAAGAAAAAAUGUCAAACAUUUUGAGUGACAUCUCUUCUGGUAACCGAGGAUCUAUAAUUAAUAAUCAUGAAAAUAUCUCUAAUCAGCCAAGUACAUCCAUUCACAAUAUUGAACAAUUAACAGAUGAUGAUUUAACAAAUGUAGAUGUCGAUGCAAUGGUUGCUUGUAUUGAAAGUUAUGAGGAGAAUUCUGCUACAAUGGCAACUAGUAACAAUGCACAACCAACAGUUAUAGAUUUAGCCCCGAUUAUGCCAAAUUCUCGAGUUUGUGUAUUGCCAUAUUCAAAAAUAAGUGGAAAUGUUAUAUUUCAUUAA